GUAGGGGGCAGCAGCAGCCAUGACGCGCUGCUAAUCUACUGCAGUUCCACAGAAGAAGCUCCAAUGCAACAGCAAGGCAUCAACAUGCCUAGUGCUGUGAUUAUGGAAGAAAAUUUUGAUAAAUUAUUAGAGCAAUGUGAAGCUCAAGAGCUGGAGGCUCCAGGGGGCAUUGCAACACCUCAAGUGUAUGCUCAGUUGCUGGCGCUCUAUUUACUUCAUAAUGACAUGAAUAACGGCAGGUAUCUCUGGAAACGGAUUCCCCAAGCAAUAAAAUCGGCAAACCCUGAAUUAACAUCCAUUUGGGCUGUUGGCCAACGCAUUUGGCAGCGAGACUUCCCAGGGAUCUACACAACCAUUGCAGCGUACCAGUGGUCAGAGAAUAUCCUUCCGGUCAUGGAGGCCCUUCGAGAGAGCACACGGCAAAGGGCGUACAGUCUAGUGGCCCAGGCCUACACUUCCAUCGCAGCAGAAGACUUCGCUGCCUUUGUGGGAUACUCUGUGGAAGAGGCAGUAAAGGGUGUGGUGACUCAGGGCUGGCAGGCAGACCCUGCUACCAGGAUGGUGAUGCCCAAAAAGCCAGAUCCUCCCCCCGUCUCAUUGGUUCCAAAUGAGCAGCAGUUGGCCAGACUCACUGACUACGUGGCUUUCCUCGAGAACUGAUAACCCACCACAACCACUGCCAUCCUGUUUCACUCGCUUGGUACAGAGGGAGAACACAAGUUUGGACGGACUCUUCCUCCAGUCCCACUCUCUGAUAGAGACGUACCAAAAACACACCCAUCAUCUUGCAUGAAAGCUGCAAGCUCCUCUCCGAUACCUGCCUAUUUAUGUUCAAUAAAUCAUAUAAAACUCCUGUGCUAAUUAAUUUGAUCAAAAUUGGUUAUUUCUCAGUAACAAUGUAUUAUUAUUUUAUUUUGCUCUCACCUGAUGUAUAGAUUUGGGUCUGAUUCCAAAAGAGAAAUAUGUCACUGUCAGUAUGUUUUUAUGACGAACCUAACAGAACCUUUACACACAAUAGAAAUACACAAGCUAGAAUGUACAGUUUGUCCAUCAGCACUUGAAGGUUGCCUUGAAACAAACUUUGUCAGGUAACAGAAGUCUUGGCAUGCAUGCAUCAAUAUGUGGAUUUCAGACCUCAUAUUUUGAAGUUUAUGUUUUGACUGGUGAAUAAAUAUUUUGCUGUUUCUAAUUAA